UCGUAGGGAGGGGGUUGGUUCACUGUGGAGCUGGUGGAGAAGGGGGAGCAGGUUGAAACAAUCGAGUGGGCGCGUCAGGUACUCCCUGGCUCCAGGCGGGGAAGGGAGGAGAGCUCCCCAGGCUCUGCGCUGCAAGGGGGCGGGGUUGGGGGCCCCGGGAACCGCGAGGAGACGCGGAUGCCCGCAGGGGUGGGGAAUUGGUCACCCCAAGCAAGAUUUCCUUCGGGUCGCAAAUUAAUUGGAGAUAUCUGAUUAAUUCCAGCUUCGGAUGACUAUAAAUGGCGAUUUUCUACCAAGGUGUCGCUAUUUUUUUUUUAAAUCAUUCCGUGUCAUCCCCCACGUCAGGCCUGCUCGUGGGCGUGCGGCUGUACUUCCUCCGCCCCCUCCUAAUGGAGUGAACCAUUCCCAGCUCUUCCCCCUCUCUCCUUCAGUCUCUCUCUGUGUGUGUGUGUGUGUCUCUCUCUCUCCCUCCCUCCCUCUCCUGCUCCCUCUCUCUCUUCCUUCUCUCCCUCUCUCUCCUCCCUCUGCUUUCCCGGUGCAGAAAGUCUCCGUCGCUCCUGGAACUUGUUGGCAAUGCCUAUUUUUCAGCUUUCCCCCGCGUUCUCUAAACUAACUAUUUAAAGGUCUGCGGUCGCAAAUGGUUUGACUAAACGUAGGAUGGGACUUAAGUUGAACGGCAGAUAUAUUUCACUGAUCCUCGCGGUGCAAAUAGCGUACCUGGUGCAGGCCGUGAGAGCAGCGGGCAAGUGCGAUGAGGUCUUUAAGGGCUUUUCAAACUGUUUGCUCAAGCUGGGCGAAAGCGUGGCCAACUACCCGCAGGGCCUGGACGACAAGACGAACGUCAAGACCAUGUGCACAUACUGGGAGGAUUUCCACAGCUGCACGGUCACAGCCCUUACGGAUUGCCAGGAAGGGGCGAAAGAGAUAUGGGAUAAACUGAGAAAAGAAUCCAAAAACCUCAACAUCCAAGGCAGCUUAUUCGAACUCUGCGGCAGCGGCAACGGGGCGGCGGGGUCCCUGCUCCCAGCGCUCUCCGUGCUCCUGGCGUCUCUCUCGGCAGCUUUAGCGACCUGGCUUUCCUUCUGACCGCGGGGCCGGCUCCCCCCUCGCCCACCCACACUCACUCCAUGCUCCCGGAAAUUGAAAGGAAGAUCCAUUCGUUCUUUGGGGACCCUGUGAUUCUCUGUGAUGCUGAAAACACUCAUAUAGGAUUGUGGGAAAUCUUGAUUCUCUUUGAUUUCGUUUGAUCUCUUGUGUUUUAUUUGCCAAAUGUUACCAAUCAGUGAGCAAGCAAGCACAGCCAAAAUCGGACCUCAGCUUUAGUCCCUCUUCACAUAACAAUAAGAAAAUGACAAACCCACCCCAUUUUAAAAAUUUUUAUUUUUUGGCAAAAGAAUCUCAGGAAUGGCCCUGGGCCACCUACUAUACUAAUCAUGUGAAUACAUGACCAAUGACGGGCUCCUCCUAAUAGGAAAGAGGAGAGGAGAAGGCCAGGGGAAUGAGUUCAGGAGAGAUGACCACGAGAGAAGCAUAUGGUGAAUAAUUCACGUUCACGUCUUUCUUCCACAGUAUCUUGUUUUGAUCAUUUCCACUGCACAUUUCUCCUCCAGAACAGUGAAAGGACAGAUUGUUGGCUUUGUGUUUGAAGGAUCAGAGGCAGAGAGGAAAAGAGCUGGGGAACUCCCGGGUUAGAGGUAAAGGCUGCCGGAAGAAGUGCUGCUCGAGUCACUGAGAGGUUCAGCUUUACCUGCUGUUAUUGAUGCAUCUUUCCAAGCCCAAGCCUUUCUUUCCCCUCCUCUCUUGUUUUAGCUGUUACACAUACAGUAAUACCCGAAUAUCCACCGGUGUAGAUCACAAGGGGGGAGUGUUCAAUGUUAACCUAAAAUAUAGUUUAAAAAGAUUUUGACAUAGAGAGCCUUGAUUUUAAAAAGAGAGAGAGAGAUGUAAUUUAAAAAGUUUAUUAUAAAUUAAAUUCAAGCAAAAAAAGAUUUGCUACAAAGUAUAGAGAAGUAUAAAAUAAAGUUAUUGUUUGAAAUGGG